AUGGCCACCGUCAACGUCGACGUCAAGCUCACCGGUCCUGACAAUUGGAAAUCCUGGAAUGAGCGCUUCAGAUCAGAGGCGACAACCAGGGACCUUUGGGAACUCAUUGACCCCAAGGGCACCUCCAAGGGCCAAUUCAAGACCGCCCCGAUAAAACCAGCCAUCAAGGACUACCCAAAACGUCUUGAUCGCGCGGAUGCGCCUCCCGCACAGAGCACACGUGCAGGAAGCGUUUCUUCAAGCGUAACAGUAGGCGAAUCGCAAGCCCUUGCCAUCGGCCCUCCAGUGGAAGAGAUUGACAGACGAAACCCACCUCGAAACACCAGCGAGAUGACCGCCCUCGGCCGCGAUGCGUACAGGACCGACCUCUCGGCAUACCAUUUCGAGUGGCAACUCUACGAAGCCGAGCGACAAAACCUAAACAGGCUGACAGCGUGGAUUCGCCAAACGGUAGCCCCUCAGCUCUACGAUACGACCUGCAAGGCCGAUAAGACUAUCGAUCUGUGGUACGCAACCCUCAAGGAACGCGCCGGCUCUGACGAUCGCGAAGAACUUCAGCAGUCCAUGAAACAUCCUGAGCACCGAGAAUCGCGCACAUGCACUAGCUCCCCAGCACCACGUCCCCGUCAACACACACCAAACCGCUCGCGAAGCCGUAGCCCAGGCGCCCGAGGCGUCCGCAACCACGGCCACAAGCGCAAACACACUGGAGGAGCAAAAUCUGGCUGCCUAGCCUGCGACGGCCUCCAUCCCCUUUCAGGCUGUUGGGCACUGUUUCCAGAACUCCGGCCUUCCUACUACCCACCAGCCUACCGCAGGGAGUUCCUCGCAAAAGAACGGCUAGAAAAGGAUCCAGAACUUCGCAGGCAGGUCGAAGCUCUCCAGUCGAUAAUCGAGGCGCUUGCAAGUUUCCUAGGCAUGAUGGAACUCCAAUUCGGGAUCAAGAUCAAGGCCGUUGAGGCAGACAACGAGAUCUUUACAGUCAAGCCAUGCGGAUUGAGGAGCGUCAUAUCAGACUCGAGCCCUCGCCGCCGCUACGCAAGCUCUCAAUGGCGCCGCCGAGCGCUCACGGGGUGUGGUCAAGGAGAAGAUCAACGCCAUGAGGAGCAGCUCGAAGCUCCCAGCGUCGCUCUGGCGGGAAAUCAGCAAAGCGCAUCUACUCUCAGCGCACUCACGUCGACGAUCAAUUGGAAGACGCCCUUUGAGAUCUUCCAUUCGAACCCUGAUGAGCGCCGCAAGCUGAUCUCACCAACCUUCGCGCCUAUGGAUGUAAAUCAUACGCAAUGA